AUGAACUAACUGGAGGGAAUCUAUGACAACUUUUAGAGAGUGAAGGCUGUUAUUGAUGACAAUGAAAUUACAUAAGCAAAUCUUAUGGAUUUCACAACAUUGAACUUGCUAUGCUACGAAGAACCUUUGAGAGUAGAGGACGGAAAUGCAAAAUGGCACAAGCGAAAGAGGAAGUAAAGAAAAGGAAAAAAAAGGAGGGAAAAGGAUAAAGCCAUUAGUAAUUCUAAGAAGAGGAAAGUAGAUUACUAUAAAUGA